AUAUCCGCAAAAUACAUGUGAGGCUCCGCAAAAUAGCCAAAUAAAAAUAUUUUGCGGGAAACCCAAAAAAUGUCAAACGAAGAAAAUUUUGAGAAUUUGACUUUUGUGCAGAGACUGAAAGCAGCUGUUCACCACACAACAUUAAAAAUCUGCAAGGAAGACUGUGAAGAGAAGGAUGUGAAAUUAAACAGGAUGGUUGUAGCAGCAAUAUCAGAAACCACAUGGAAAAAAUGUGAACACUUUGCAACAGAUCUGGAAUUAUUUGCAAAACAUGCAAAAAGAUCAACAAUAAAUGCUGAUGAUGUGAAAAUGUUGGUACGAAAAAGCCCUAAACUGCUGGAGUACAUUACUGGCAUACAGGAGGAAAUGUCUGCUAGCAAGGCAGAGACUAAGAAGAAAACCAAGAAGACGAAGGGUAAAGAAACGGCAUCAACCUCUAAUGCACCUGCUUUGGUAGACAUUGAUGAGAAUAGUAUGACCUGAUGGAGUUUGAUGAUCAAAGGACUUGAUUUAGUGUGAAAAAGAAGAUGAUUGCCAUCAGGGGAAAACCGUUUUGAGGGUUAAGAGCCAAUAUAUUUGGCUGGGUUCAACUUUAAAAAAAAAUAGAUGGCUCAACUGAACAUUUGUUUAGCAGUAAUGAAUGAUGGCAGUUCUUAUAUGUUUCAUUAAUAAUAUAGUUGAUAUUCGAAAUAUUUUGCUUUAGAAAAAAUCCAGAGAUCAAUACAGACCCAUUUGCUAUCUUCAGUCAAAGGCGGAGGGAUAUAGAAUUGGCAUUGUCUGUCGGUCUGUCAGUCUUCCGUCCUUCACAAAUCUUUUAAAGGCUAUAUCUCGGAAAGAAUAUAAGAUAUCAACAUGAAAGGUGUAUAGAAAUCAAUGAGGAGAAGUGACAUGCACAAGAACCAUAACCCUACACUUUCUUUAAUAAGAGUUAUUGCCCAUUGUUUGUUUUUUGUAUGAUGAUUUUUUCAGGGCUGUAUCUGAGAUACCAUGCAAGAUUUAAAUAUGAAACUUCAUGGGUGUUAUGAUAUUAAUGUGGAGAAGUGCAAUGCUUAAGAACAAUAACUCUUCACUUAUUUUAAUAAUAGUUAUUGCCGUUUGUUGUUUUGUAUAAUGGAAAUUUUCAGUGCUAUAUCUCAGAUAUGAGACCACAUUUAAACAUUAAACUUAAUGGCUCUGUAGAUAUCAAUGAGCAGAAUUGCAUUUCAUAACAGUUACUCUACACUUCAUUAUUACCUAAUAAUUAUUACCCUACAAAUAAUGAUUACACUGUAUAUCAAGAGAUUUGCACCGAUUCAUACACAAAGUUUAUUUGGCUUGGGAUAUCAACUCAACGAAUUUGCUUGUUGCUUUUGUAUUUUCAUGUACUUACAUGUAUGUACGUGUAUAUUACAAUCUAACUGUUUUGA